AUGUCUGUUCCUGCUCCUACUUUGGCUGAUAGCACUGCGCCCGCGCCCGGUGAGGGCACUGUCCCUGUGACGGAAACGCACACCGAGUCGAAGCACCGUUUCAACGUCUUUGGCUCUCGUGGCGGCCAACACCAUCACCACACCACGCAUCUGCUGCACCACCUAGGUGCAGAGCACCAAGUAAUUGUGGACCCGAAGCUCUUUGGCUUCGGCCCACUAAGCCAGGUGACCGAGGGAAACGGCGAGAGUCUCCACCGUCCUUUCCCUGGUGAACUCCAGCCUGGUCUCUUCCGCAGUGUCCAGCGCCGUCGCCUCGCGAACCCCUCGCCGAUGGGUCUCAUGGCCCUCGGCUCGUCCAUGUUCAUUCUCUCUAUUCUCUGCAUGGGUACGCUGAGCCUUACAAGCUUGGCUUCGCUCAUUGCCGUUGGUUUCGGUCUCGGUGGUCUGAUUAUGAUUCUGUCCUCGAUGUGGGAGAUGGCUGUGGGUAACACCUUCGGUGCGACUGUCAUGGCGACGUACGGUGGUUUCUGGAUCUCGUAUGCCAUUAUCCAGACGCCUGGUGGCUUCCACAUUGUCGACACGAUCUCCAAGGCCGACGGCGUGCCUGGCGCGCUGGACAACUUGGGUCUGUUCUUUAUGGUCUGGUUCGUCGUGACAUUCAUCUUCUUCAUGUGCACGCUUCGCUCGACUGUGAUGCUCUGCUUGAUGUUCUUCCUCCUUGACAUCGGCUACCUGCUCGUGGGUUGUGCGUACCUGCGUAACCACCACAACGGUAUCGGCCCUCAUCUCGGUCUUCUCCGUGCCGGUGGUGCAUUCUGCGUGCUGGGUGCCAUCAAUGCGUGGUACAACGCGUACGUCGGCAUGAUUGACAACACGAACUCGUUCUUCCUCGUGCCUGAGAUGUACUUCCCGUGGACGGCCGCUGCCCGCCAGCCACGCGAGACGGCAGAGGAAUUGGAGAUGGCCUAA